AUGUUUGUGGACAUGUUUCCCAUGGAUAUGCCUCCCCCUGGACCUCCAGUAGACAUCUCACCCAGGAAACCAAGAAGCUACGAGCUGCGCUGUAUUAUCUGGAACACGGAUGACGUGGUGUUGGAAGAUGACGCUUUCUUUACGGGAGAGAAAAUGUCCGACAUUUAUGUCAAAGGCUGGGUCAAAGGUUCCGAGGACAUGCAGUCAACUGAUAUUCAUUACAG